AUGGCGACGACCGCAUCGUGUCCUCCUCCUUCCGUUCUCCUCCCCGUUCGCACCACCACCGCCGGAGCGCGGUUGACUUCCGCUCACGGUAGCAGAGCCAGCCACGCGGUCACCGCCAGCGGCGCCGCACCCGCACGACCACCGCUGCCGAUGGGCAUGGCGAGGGCCCUGCCGCCGCAGCGCGCGCCGCUGCUCCGGCGGCUCCUCAUGGCCGGCGCGCUGGCCGCCUCCUGCACCUGCUUCCUCCUCGUCCUCCAGGCGCAGGCCUCCGUGCCGCCGCGCUACGACGGGUUCGCCUACGGGGUCGGGGCCGCCGCCUGGAAGGACGCCGUGCUCGUCGAGGCCUUCCUCGACCCGCUCUGCCCCGACAGCCGCGACGCCUGGCACCCGCUCCGGCUCGCCGUCGAGCGCUACUCCCCGAUGGUCUCCCUCAUCGUCCACCCCUUCCCUCUCCCGUACCACACCUAUUCAUACCAUGCCUGCCGUGCGCUUCAUAUAGCUAACAAGUUGAAUUCGUCAUCAACCUAUCCGUUGCUGGAGUUGUUCUUCAAGAAUCAGGGAAAAUUCUCCAACCGCGCGACAUCGUCAAUAUCGAGCACUGCUGUGACUGGUGAGAUAUCAAAGAUGGCGGCCCCGGUGGUUGGCAAUUCAGUCUCCGAGUUCCAGUCGGGCUUCAGCGACAUGAGGUCGGACAUGGCAGCGAGGGUUUCUUUCAAGUAUGGGUGCACGAGAGGGGUGGCCGGCGCGCCGUUCUUCUUCGUGAACGGUUUCCUUCAGCCCGGAGGCGGGUCGCCCAUCGACUUCAGCACGUGGACCAGCAUCCUGGAGCCCCUCGUCGCGCAUCACGGUCAGACCAUCGAGAUGUUCACUUCGGUGUAA